GUCAUUUCUUUUGACAGUCGUGAAAAGUGUGGCAGCUCUAGCGUCAGCAAUAAUAUUGCAUCCGGUUAGCUUUUUCUCUCUUUCCACCUUUUGACAGCAACUGAGUGAAGAUGGCUGUCCGCUACGAGCUCUGCAUUGGCCUCAACAAGGGCCACAAGACCACCAAAGUCAAGAAUGUUAAGUACACCGGAGACAAGAAGGUGAAGGGUCUGCGUGGAUCUCGCUUGAAGAACAUCCAGACUCGUCACACCAAGUUCAUGCGCGACCUGGUCCGCGAAGUUGUGGGCCAUGCCCCCUACGAGAAGCGCACCAUGGAGUUGCUGAAGGUGUCCAAGGACAAGCGCGCUCUGAAGUUCCUGAAGCGCCGCCUGGGCACACACAUCCGUGCCAAGAGGAAGCGCGAGGAGCUGUCCAACAUCCUCACCCAGCUGAGGAAGGCUCAGACCCAUGCCAAGUAAACUCCCAAAAGGAACGCGUCCCGCGAUGUGUUUUUUUUUGUUUUCGUGACAUGAGCAAACCCACAAUAUUCUAUUUGAAAUCGAGUCGUCUUAAGCUUCUCAAUAUUAAAAAACCAAUAUGAAAACCG